UCUAAAUAUAUCCGUGCAUUUCAACCAGGUAGACAACAGUUUAUAUAUCUACAGCCCAAAGUAUCUUUGCAGAAAAUCUUAAUAUACAUAGAAGGAUGGCAUCUAAGGUGUUGAUAUGUGACCCAUGUUCUAGACUGAAUAAAUCCUCUAACGCCAUGAAGUUUUGUACGGAUUGCGACGAUGCGCUAUGUACAGACUGUACUACUGUUCACAGUGCUCUGAAGAUUACUAUUUCGCAUAAUGUGGUUGAUGCGACUGCUUUAAUUGGUCGUACAUUCAAUUUACAAAAAUACUGCAACGAUCAUCAAGAUAUGCCUUUAGAGUUUUUCUGUUCAGAUCAUGAUUGCUUACUGUGUCGAUCAUGUAUGGCUAAUACCCAUCGUACUUGUGGUAAGAUUCUACCAAUAGAUGUCGCGGCAAAAGGGAUAAAGUCUUCAGUCAUGUUUGAUGAUAUUAGUAAGGAUAUUUAUGCUUUACGGAAAUCGGCAAAGGAACUGGUUGAGGACAGACAGAAGAACAAGAAACGAGUCCAACAGACCAAAAAAUUGACACAACAAAAGAUAACAAAGUUCAGAAAUGAUAUCAAUAAGCAUCUCGACCAAUUGGAAAAGAAACUUUACUCUGAUGUGGAUACUAUGGAGAGAAAACUUGACGAAAAAGCGUCCACAGAUCUGUCUGAAUCGAAAACAACAGAAAAAGAUAUAGAAGAUAUAUGGGAACAAAUCAAUUUUCUUAACAAACACGGUUCCGAAAGUCAGUUGCUUAUCCUGCUUAAUGCAGUAAGGACGAAAAUUACCAAACAAUCCACAAACCUUCAGGAGCUUAUUUUGUCCCACGAAAUGAAUGGCUUAGAUUUUGAAAAGGUAGAUUUGACAUCUGCCAUAAAUUCCAUUGGAUUAGUUAAGCAUACGUCUUCUCCAUGUUCCGUGUCAUACCAGCUUCCUAAACAUGUACAAGCACAAAUACAACAAACACAUGGGAAUGUACCAACAAAGUUCGAGUUUGAAAAGAAAAUUAACAUACCCUCUGGUCGAAUCACAUGUAUAGCUGUUACUGACGACAAUAGAUUACUUCUGUGUAAUGACGUUCACUUAAAAAAUAAUUUAAUGGCAUACAAGGAGACCGGUACUCUGGUUCAAACGUGCACUAUUUCCAGUAGGAUAUUUGGUAUAGCUAUAAUACCACACACAGAAGAAGCAGUUGUUAGUUUGGCUGAUGUCAAGAUUGUUCAGUUUGUCAAUAUAGUAAGCCUGAUGCCUGGUAGACAACUUCGAGUUAUUAUUGAGGACAGUUCCAUGUAUGGUAUUGCAGUAGUUCGUGAUUCAAUAAUUGUCGGUGGCAGUUCUGGUAAUGUGUAUGUCAUUGAGAAAAUGAAAGGGAAAUGUCUUAAAACGAUUAAAAUCGGUACAGGUAAUAUAUCUUCACUCGUGCCAUUUGUAAGCGCUAAAGAUGAAGUGCUAUUCUGCUGUGAAUAUAACGGUAACAAGAAAGUGCAUAGUAUGAAACUGGAUGGAACUUUAAUUUCCAGUUGUGAACUAGGAAAUGCAAUAGGAAUGACAUUAGAUUCAAAAAGAAAUGUUUACGUCGCAAGUUCCGACUCUGAUGAAUUAUAUCGCCUAUCAUCAGAUUGGGACGUUGAUGAUAUCCUGUUAAUGAAAUCAGAUAGACUUGAUAAACCAAUGGGUGUUGCUUUCAACAGGACAUAUAGUAAGCUGUACAUUUCAAACUGUGGGUUCGAUAAAAGUCUUCUGGUUUUCAAUUGUAAAUGAGACAGAUUACAAGAAAAAAAGAAUGUCAUAUUUGAAAAAUAACAAUUAUAUUAACAUUUCUUAUAGUUAGCUAUAAACAAAAAAAAUGUUAGACGAAAAAAAAAAAGGUCGAAAUAAAUUUUAGAAACAUGAAAUCCAGCGAAUAACUCUUUCAGUUUUCAAGCUAGAACUUUUUCUUAUCAUGUAGGCGGUUUAUUCAUAUUGUAGCAUUUCCUUCCUUAUAUCUGUUCUAAAUAUCAAAAUAAUUUUGUGAUGACGCAUGUUGUCAUUCAUCAAAGACUUAAAGUUUUUGUCUAUGGUACGCGCUUUAUUUUUAUAGUAACAGUCCCAUUGUUUGGAUUUUAAACUAAUACAAUUAGUCUUCUUUUUCCAAACUACAGCCGUGCAUAUUAUCAGGAUUUGGAUAUUUGCCAGUGUCGACAAUUGACAAGAUGGUGAACUUUGUCGUUUCGUUCUGCAAUUACGUAUGUGUAGGGUACACGGUUUGUCCGACUAACUCAUCUUACAAUUUUUAGGCUACAACUCAUAUAAUUAUGCAGACUCUUUGUACAUUAAGUAUGCUAUUAAAUGGUAGUAUGUUA